AUGUUCGUACAAUUCAAAUCUCUUCGUCGUCUUGCAAGCUUAAAAGAACGAUCUCAGCACGUACCUAGACCCUCAAAUACUUUGCAUCCUAAAUUCAAGCUCCAUCUUACUAUGAGCCUUAUAUUCAUCUAUUUCGAGAAUAUUGGUGCAUAUGUUCUAUUUACUGUGAGAGGUUUUGAUGUACUCCUGGAGAAUUGUCAAUACAUGAUUAUCUGUUUAAAUGGUCAAAAUGAAAACGGAUUAUCCUCGGGAAUCUUUAUAGGCUAUGCUACUGGAAGAAUCUUGAAUUCGUCCCGUUUUGUCGAAGGAACGACUUCACAAUUUGUUCACGCGCCCAUCAAUGGAAUUUACCGCGUUAGCAGUAAUGAAGAGUUGACCCUCGUUGGUUAUAUUUCUCAAGAAAACUUAAUGUCGCUUUAUAGGUGCUAUUGCUCCGUUUGUGGGUUAUUGCUUCGAUUUCCUAGCAAUCUAACUACACACUCGAGGGUUCAUAACGGAGAUAGACCGUAUUCCUGUUCAAGGUGUAAUGAGUACUUCCAAACUACUAGCAAUAGAAACCGUCACGAAAGAAAUUGUCGUCGGUUGAGCAGAAAUUCCGACCCUCCAAUACAUUAUCGUCCGUUUGAAUGUCAAGAUGAAAGUGGGUUGUUCUUUGGUACCUUUGUAGGCUAUGCCUCUGGAAGAAGUUUAAAUUCAUCCGGUUUCGUUGAAAGCUCGGCUUUACAAUUUGUUUACCCAUACACCAGUGGAAUAUACCGCGUUGAUGAUAAUAAUGAACUUAUUCUCGUUGGCUAUAUCAGUCACGAAAACUUGCGAUCGCUAUAUAGACACAGAUGUCCUGAGUGUGAACGAUUAUUCCGUUACCCAAGCAUUUUGAACAAUCAUCUAAACGUUCAUACUGGGAGAUAG